UGUACGGGCGUGGGAAAUAUUCAGUAUUUUUCAAGGAAUUAAAAAAAACCUAAUAUUAUACUAAUUUAUCUUCGUCCAGUAAUCAAAUUUUAUUAAAAAUCUUGAUCCAAAUUAUUACAUGCCAUAUCUUAGGUUAGGUUAUUUAACAUACCGUUAAACGGGAUUUCCGUAAUUAGGAUAAAUGAUUCGCUGCACUUAUAUACGUUAAUAUGCAAUAGAUUGCAAAAAUAUGGUAAAAUAUCAUCGAACAAGAAAUAAUUUCCUUAAUGGAUUCUAAUAACUUAUCGAUAUGCACUCGUAUUUUUUAUGUUGACUCAUCCUGUAAGAUAAAACUCCCUCUUCACUGGAGAUUGUUUUUCAAACCACAAAUCGCAUAAAUCAAUUUUCUACCCCCUUCAUCAUCCACCAUCCCUGAAUGAUUCAAUUGUAUAAAAUCGAACGCGCGUAUUUGCGCAGUAGCAUCAAUGAAAAUAUGCGUCCCGGAAUGUGAAAAUUUUCAGAUUCUUGUAAUGAUAGUGGAGUUUCCGACCCAAUUGCAUUUUAUCACUGCUGGAGUAGAGACUAAAUAAAAAAAUUGCCAAUUUUAGUGCCUUAAUGUGAACGUGCCAAGAAUAAGAAAAUGUUUUUCGAUGGUGUACGAGUUUUUGUAGGAAUUUUUACGACGGUUUGUGCUUUGUUUGGAGCUGCUCGAUGUUUUAAAGAAGUUAAAAUUAAAGUUCCUCCAGCGGUUUUAAAAGGACACGAAGUUGUUCUACAAUGUACUUACGAUUUGGAAGGUGAUAAGCUUUAUUCUUUAAAAUGGUAUCAUAACUCUGCAGAAUUUUACAGAUAUACAUUAACAGGUGAGAGUUCCGUAAAGCCGUUUAAACUGAAAGGUUUUCACGUGAUACCCGAAAAAUCGAAUGCCACUCACGUUUAUCUGAAGCACGCCACUAGAGCGAUGAGCGGUCAAUACAGUUGUGAAGUAACUGCGGAUCAACCAAGUUUUUUUACUGAUAUGAAAACGGCGGUAUUAGAAGUCGUCGAUCCGCCCGUUAACGAACCCUAUAUAAGUAAUGUGAAAUCAAGAUAUAAAGUUGGUGAUUAUUUGAAGGCGAUUUGUAGUGCAGAUAAAUCAGAUCCGGCAGUAAACAUGACUUGGUAUUUGAAUGGACGACCGGUUGAGGAGCCGUACGUUAAGAAAUACAAAAAAACAGUUGAAGGAAAUUACAUAAGCUCCCAUUCGACCAUACAAUUUGCUGUUACUGAACAACUAUUCGAUAGAGGGAAAUUGAGGCUACGCUGUUCAACAAAUAUACACGAUGUGUGGCAUAGAAGUUGUGAGAGAACCGUAGAACUAAAAAUGGAGGAUGAUUAUGCUGCUGCUUAUUUGCCUACGUCGACUACAGAGUUUUAUCACGAAAAAUUUUGGUUGUACGUAGCUAGAGAUAAUCCAGAAGCAACAGAAUGGACUGUUACCAACUCCAAUAGUUCUACAAAUUCGAUACGAUAUAACAGUGCAAUAAUUUUUGUUACUAUUAUUAUUUGUGUAAGGUGAUGGUUUUAAAUUAAACCAUCGGGUAUUGUGUUCUUCCGAGAUUCAAAAAUUUUUUAAUAUUGUCAAAUAUGGCAAUUAAAAUCUGGUUCGAACGUAGUGAGUCUGAUUCACUGAAUAAACGAGAGUACUAUGAAUAGAAAUCCUUUUUUGAAUAUAGGGGUAAAUCUUACAUUGAUUUUUUUUCAAUUUAUUCGAUAAAAUCGAUUUUAUGAAUGAUAAUAUGCCAUAAAUUGAUCACUCUGCAACUCAAAUAUGUAUGCAGGAUUCAAGAAAGCCAUUAAAUUUAUUUAAUAUGAAAUAUAAUAAAUUUGAUAUGUUGAAUCGCUUCUGGGACAUCCUGUACAUAAUCCAAUGCAAUAUUUAAAAUUAAAAACCGGACCUGAACGAGUAUAUUUCUUCUUAAUAUGAAAAAAUGUUAUAGUUUGCCUACCAGAGUCUUUAUAAAGACAGUGACAAUCAUAUGAAUUAAUUAUAAACUUAAUAGGGGAAAAUUAUGGUGGAAAUUCUGGUGCAUUACAUCAUCUUCCUGUGAUUAUCUUCUAAAAUUCAUCAUCUUCCAAUGACUAUAAUUUGAAUUAAUAAUAAACUUAGUGGAGGGAAAUUAUGGUGGGGGACCUGGGGCAUUAAUUGAGCUAUCACAUAACAUCAUCUCCUAAAAUUCAUCAUUUUCCGGUGAUUUAUUAUAAAUUUCCAGGGUGAAAUUAUGGUGGAAAUUCUGGUGCAUUACUGAAGUCAGUGCAUUACAUCAUCUUCCUGUGAUUAUCUUCUAAAAUUCAUCAUCUUCCAAUGACUAUAAUUUGAAUUAAUGAUAAAGUUAAAGGGGUGGAAUUAUGGUGGAAAACCUGGGGUAUUAGUUGAGCUAUCACACAACAUCACCUUCUUGUUGUUAUCUUCCAAAAUUCAUCAUCUUCCAGUGACAAUAAUAGGAAUUUUUUAAUGAUUUUACUUACCUAAAGAUUUGUUGAAUCCGGAAAGAACAAAUCCCAAAAAAAUAUUUAAAUAAAUGUUACAAAUAUUGAAUUGUGAUAAUAUUUUACCGUACUGUAUUCAUUGAAAAUGCCAAAGCUUCAGAUUAUAUAAAUAAAUGUAUAUUUAAAUAAUUGUGAGAUUACCAAUGGAAAAAAUAUGUAAUUUUAUUUAAUAAAUACUGCUGGAAUA